GUGGCGGGGGAGGCCGUUCCGCGCGCGCUGCGGGCCGGGGCCUGCGUCGUUGGGCCCGGGGCGUGCUGGGGACUGGCAGGCAGGCCUGCUGGCAACAACGGAGGGGCACUUCGGGGGACUGGCAGGCAGGCCUGCUGGCAACAACGUAGGGGCACGUCGGGGGACUGGUAGGCAGGCCUGCUGGCAACAACGGAGGGGCACUUCGGGAGGGAGGCCACUGCGCGGGGGUUGCCGUGAGAGAGGUCGGUCCACGGCGGCGGUCUGUUGGGGCAUCGAGCAAGAUGCUGCCGAAGCGUAGGGGAACAUAUGGAGAAUUCAUCCCUGUUAACAGAGACAGGCAGAGAGAUGCAGAGUUGAAGUUCGUUGGUUUCAAAUGGAUGCAGAAGGGCCAGACGCUGCCAGGGCGGAAUGGGAACUUCGUCAUGAAGUGCAAGCUGUGUGACCAGGAAUUCGUCGGCAGUCAGAGCAAUCAUUGGAAGAAGAUACAGGCGUACCUUGCGGAGAGGGGGUGGGCAGACAAGAGACGAGAACAUGGUCAACAAGGGGGAGACUUGGGAGAGGAAGACGAAAAUGACCCUGAGCGAGUGGCGGAGGAAGAGAACGAGCAGGCUGGAAGGGAGUGUGAGGCGCCUAAGAGUGGAGGUGUCCAGGGUGGUCGUCGGGCUGACGACGACAGGUCUGCGGAGGUUCCGAUCGAUGUUGAGAGGGAGGCGGAGUGUGACCGCGGAGUGUUGAGGGGAGAUAAGAGAGCGGUCACUGCCAUCGGGACGUCGUCGAAGAGGAGGACUUCUUCGCAGCCCCUUCCGCCGACAGGAGCCGUGAAGAAGUUUCGUCAGUCGCGCAUGGAGGAGUCGUUCGACCCUAAAUGGCAGCAGGACCUGGACGCCUAUUUCCUACAGUGGUUCUAUGUGAGCGGCAUCCCGUUUCACGCGGCGGGGAGGUCAGAGUACAACACCUUUAGGAGGCACCUCGCGACAUGCCCCCCUCGAGUGCAUCCGACUCUGCCCAACCUUCGCCACAUCUCUGGCGAUGGUAUUGUGCAGCAGCACAAGGACGUUGUGGAGAUGCUCGCGACACUGAGGAGAGAUGUGGCGGCGAUCGGAGCGACCAUCCUCACGGACGGUCGCAAAUCCAUCACUGCUGAUGAGAUAGUCAACUUUUUGGCAGCCGGGUCUUCGGGGGCGUACCUAUUAAGGACAGUGCAGAGGGACGGUGCUGAGUAGGACACGGCGGUUGUGGUUAUGAGGCGGUGGAAGAAGGUGUUUUAUGACUUCGGCCUCCAAAAUGUGAAUGCUAUUUGUACGGACUCU